GCCGUCCACCCCCGAAACUAAUCUGCAAUCCUCUAUACCGUCCCUCAUCUACACAUCAAGUUCCAGUUUCCUUACCUGUCUUCGAAUGUCUCAGUUCUUUAACUCUAUCGGGUAGGAUAUUCAUCACCCCCUUCCGUUCCCUCUCUUUAGCAUUCUUGGUGUUGAUUUUUGGUUUUUUCUCAUGGCUACUCUACCACUCACUACAGUCACUUGAAUUCUAACGUGAAUGGCUGGUUUACUUAGUCGUGGGUUUCGCGGGAGGAAGCUGGACAAGACCAAACCUCCUCCCCCACCGCCGGGACCAGGGAAUGGCGGGAACGGCGGAGCCGGUGGGAAUGGUGGAGGUGGCUUUAACCCCUCUCCUGGAAAUCUGAUGCCGGGAUCUCCCUCCGGCCCGAGAAUCACUCAAAAACCCCUCUUUCUCUGCAAACCGUUUGUCACGAGCCAACUUGUUAAAGGCAGUUUCUCGACAAUUGUUGUGCUUCCCCGAUAUGUUGACCAAGGGGAAUGGCUGGCUCUUAAUUGUAGGUUGCUCAGUUUCCAUUACCGUUAGAUGUAAUUAUUCACCAAGUCGGGGUUAACGCCUACUAUGAAUUUAGUGUUUGAGUUUUUCGACAUGCUGAAUAAGUUUUACGGGGUUGUGCAGGAGUUCUGUACUCCACAAGCUUGCCCCUCCAUGUCCGCAGGGCCUGGGUAUGACAAGCUACACCCCCGACACUGAGAAAUUUAACUAAUUAUCUCUCUUGCUUCUCUAAAGGUUGGACUAUUCCUGGCUCGAUGCAAAUAAGAAGCCAUUGCGUUUGCCCGCAACCACAUACAUUGAAUACGUUCUCCAAUGGAUCUCAAACCGCAUCAACGACGAGUCCAUAUUUCCCACAAAGGCCAAUCCAACUACCAACUCUGCUGUGAAUACCCCUUCUUCAGGUUCGGCAAGUGGUUCGCCAGCUGGAACUUCUGGCGCUACCGGUCAGACUUGGAUUGGAAAGGAUGGUGGUUUUCCACCAAAUUUUUAUGUCACCUGCAAGGCCAUCUACAAGCAAAUGUUUCGCGUCUUCGCCCAUAUCUAUCAUACUCACUUUGCGAAAAUUGUUCACAUGAGCUUAGAGGCUCAUUUCAACAGCUUUUUCGCUCAUUUUAUCCACUUCGCACGGGUAGGGCGUCCAGUUUAUCUGCUAUUAUUGUCCUGCUGCUGACAAUGAUACACUAGGCUUUUGAACUGCUAGAACGGCGUGAUAUAGAACCACUCCGUUCACUGAUUGACUCCUUCGAAGAACAAGGCCUCUUCAAAGACAAUGAACGAUCCAGGGAACAGUAAUUGUUCUCAAUAACACACGAUCUGGCCUUGUCUGUAUGGCUGUUAUUAUAUGCUUACCUCCCGUCCUGAACCUUGAAGUUUGUGUUUUUAUUUCCCCCAUCUAUCCAAUUGGACUGUUCGCUAUGGAGUUAUCAAUAUCAGGCAUGGUUGGCAAAUAAAUUCAUGUUUCCGCCGAUUCCCCACAAUUGUUUUCGUCCUCUCUUCCUUUUACACUCUCUCAGGCAUGUUUGUGUGAUCUCCUAUAAUCAGGCCGCAUUAUUCCAGAGUGCAGUUCUACAGAUCUCAAACACCUGUUUCAUCAUCCCCAAAGCUCAAGUUUGUAGGUUCAAACUCCUGUUCACACCAGCCCGAUCUCCAGGGCCAAAUAUCCCGUAGUGUGUCACGAAUAGUUUAAGAACCAUAUUUUGUUUCCGGGGACAAGCAUGUAAGCCACGGACGGAAUCCAGCCGCCCUGGUACGGUUUAACACUUCCAAUUCUAAAUACUCC